UAGCAUAGUCUAUUUAAUGUGCACCUCGCGUGAUUAUGGCCUGACACAACAUCAAAGACUAUAAAAGACAUAAAGACAUGGUGUUUAAUCAACAGUGUUAUUGUACUUACAAACCUUCUCGAGUGAAGCUUUACCUGAAAACACUCAGCAAAAUGUCUGCACCAGGAAAGGUAAAUAUCACAUAUAUCACAUAGUUGGAUCUAAACUGUGUUCGAAGAGCAUCAUUCAAUCUGAUUCAUUUUCCAUUACUAUUAUCUAUUUUUGACUAUAUUGUAUUUUUAUUCUUUUAUUACUUUGGAUUGUCAAUUCUGGGUAACCCAAAAAGAAGGAGCCUAUUGAUUUCUUAAACAAUUUUUUGUAUUUAUUCAAAAGGAUAUAGAAAAUCUACGUAACGAAGAUUUAUUAAUAAAAAAAAAGAAAAAUUAAAGACAAUUUUCUUUUGUUUUUCAGAAAAUUGCUCAAAGCGAAGAUCUUACUCGUCCGAUAAAUGCCGGUCUACGAAAAGAUGAUGACAACGAAGGUAAAGUCUCUUCUCUUGUGGGAUUUUUUUUUUUUGUGCAUAAACAAAACGCAGUGAGCUCUGACUGGCAUUACGGAAUGAAGUAAAACAAAUGAAGGUUUCCCUGAAUUGCAAUGCCAUUUUUUUUUUAAUCUUAGCCAUAAACCCAAGUGAAUUCCAGUUUUUGAAAAUGAGCGUGAUAUUUGCAGCCCUCUGAGUGAAAAAGUGCAAAAUGGCAGGGGUUUUUUUGCACUCGAUUAGCUUAAAAAUCACACAAACGAAAGAAAAGGAAAGGAAAAAUAGAAAGUGGUGAGGAGGAAGAAAGUGGGAAAAGAGAAUCAAUUAAUGAGUUGCUAUAUUUCAACUAAUAAAUAAUUAAUAAAAAUUCUGAUUACAAUAGAUUGGCCCGCAAAAUAACAAUUGCUAAUCUAGGAGGACCAGUUAAAAGAAAAGUAAAGGGAAAGGAAACGAAGAAAACUAUUUUAAGUUACAAUAAAUAAUAUUCCUAUCAUAGUUUUAUUUUAAUUACAUGAAAUCUACUAAGGAAAGACGAAAAAAGAAUUGACAGAGUGCGAAAAAAACAAAAUAAUACUUUUGUACAGAAAAUCUCUUUUAAUAACUGUUAAUCUAUCUUAGUUUUUAAAUUGGCUUCUUUUGUUUCCACAAAAAAACUGCCUGACAGAAGAGCUCUAUUUGGGGGUAGUGCUUUCAAGAAUCCUGCUAGAUAUAGAAAUGUCAAAACUCUUAUGUCGUUUUAUCACAAUAAACUAUCAUUUUACAUUCUAGGCCAGCUUCUGUGUAAGGAUUUCAAGAUCCAGGUGCUUCCUGCAGCCUUCUAUCUGAAUGAAAAUGUUAAUUUCAAACAGUCUUGUUCAGGAAAAAUGAGCACACAAGGUUGUUGUUGCUGAGGAGUACUAGUGCAUCAUCCAGCACCGUUGCAGUAUUGAUGUUAAGCAGUAAUUAACUACGGCUUAAUUUUUGCUGUUUUCUCAUGUAAACUGUGAGCAUCUAUGGUUUAAGGCUUUUGCAUUGAAAAUUAAACGAAAAUAUUUAUCUUUUAGGUCAAAGUUCAGAUGUAUGUAAUUAAUUAAUUAAGGACUCUUAAAUAGUGAUGAAAUUUUUAGAUCUAACCUCAAAAAACAAAUAAAAACUCUUCAGAUCACCACAAGCUGCUUUUGAUUUCUUCAUGUAUAUAAUACUUGGAUGAUUUUAUCCAAUUUUGGAAGAGUGAUUGGUUGGGAAAUUCUAACGUCCUCCGAAUGAAGCGUUUUCUAUUCACGAGGAAAAGAACAAUAGGAAUGAAAUUAGCCUCAUUAGCCCAUUUCUUUUCUGGAGAAAAUAAAGCAUAUCAUGUAAGUUUUCAGCCAAAAAUACUGGUGUGGCAUCCUUGAAAAGUGAGCCUAAGUGUACUUUAAUAGCUUUGAAAGUUUGCUCUGUGAAUGUUUCAACAGCUCAAUUUCUACACAGAACUGAGAUUAGUCUGCUAACAAUUUAAGCAAAAAAAAAAGUGACAGAAAUCGUCAAACAUUAAUACUGAAUUCCAGUGAAACCAAAGUAAAGGGAUGUUUACCGAAACACGGACUCAGGGUCUAGGACGGGAGACAUGCGAGGACGAAAAAAACAUAGCAGCAUGGGUGAGGGGCUUUGUGCUCCCGACCCCCGUUAAAAUUUCUAUUUUCUUUUUGCCCCAGAGCCCUCACACGUCUUUUGAGUUUCUCCCGCUUAUGUAGAAGGAAGCGGAAACCUCUAGGCCGGGGCCUGGGCCGAGAUCUGUUCUCUUUGUUAUACUUGUCUGAAGGUUGACACCAUAGUUAUUUUGGGUACAUUUUUUUUAUAAUCGAUUUAUAACCUUAAAUUCUGGAUUUAAACUGUAUGUCCUUUACUGGCAAACAGGUUUAAGGAGAGAGUCUGAUAUAAUUAGAAGCAUUGUUUUUUGUUUUAUUCCACCCUUUUUCUUAAAUAUCUAGCCAAAACUUCAUUCAAUCAAAAAAUGACUCCUUGAUUCAAUAUUUUUUUUGAGAAUUUUUAGAUGAUUUUUAAUGUACAUAGAGUAGCGGGGAAUGUUUAAGGUAAUUCCCUUGAAAUUGUUCUACUAUCAAAAUUUUUUUGAAACUUGGCAUAAUCAACAUUCAUGAUAUGAACAUUAAAAAAAUGCAAUAAAAAGAUGGGGUCACUGUGCUUGUUUACGCGUCAGCAGGCUCUUAAACUGGGGUAUUUUACUGGUUGCGCGUUUAAAAUUCGAAUCCACUUCUCACAGAAUGAAGUCGUUGUUACUUGGAACACACAAAAUUUUAUCCUGAACAUAAUGCUUCUUUUAUUCAAAUAAGCAGUAUUGCUUCAUUUAAUUCGUUUUCGAUUGCCUGGUUGUGGGGAUAUUGCGCUUUUUCGGACAGUUCCCUGGUUAGCUAGAAGUCCUCGCCUUGACCCAAAUACACCAAAUACGAAACUACUUUCCCCCCCAAAAAUCAUGUUCUACCAUAAAACUUUUUUUCUUAUUCAAAUAUGUUGUUUAUUAGACUAUUCUUAGAGAAUACCUGGGGAAAAAAUCGGGGGUCACCGUGCUUGUUUCCUCACAAACUGCUGUGAAAGGUGGACAUGGUUUUGAGAUCGCAGUCAGGAUGGAUAAUUUGAGCGGUGGGGACUGGGGCGAGAAACAAAAUAACGCCCAUCGUGUUCGAAGUACGCACUCGAGAUCAAGCUUGUUUUCGGUUGUUUUUAUGUGUUUGAUAUCGCCAACACAGAAAUUCAAACUUGAAAAGAUUACAUUAAAUACCGAGGAAUGAGGUAAGUCAAGAUUUGAUGAGAUUUUGGAGUUAUGAAUCUUUAUUUUGGACCAUUUUGUUGCGCCGGCGUUCUGUUUAAUUCCAGUUAGCUACGGUUCGAUUUUUUUUGCUUUUGCACAAUUAUGCUUGACAAAGAAACUUGAAGAAAAGACUAUUGAUUCCUAUUCUUCAUAUGUUCGCUUGUUUGGUUUCUAUACACAGCAAAAUGUGAAUUCAGCAGCAGACCUCGUGUUUACUGGUCUCCCUCGCGUGGUUCUGGUGCUACGAUGUGUCUUAAUUGUUCCAGAAAUAUUCGUCUCUCCACUCUCGGAGUUUGAACAACAUAUGUACAGUAGCGAUUCCAGGCCAGAUACUGGCCCGUUAAUGCAGUUGGAGAGCCUUAGAGCUGUCCCACAGGCUUCACAGCCCCCAUAAUCCAAAGCUUCAGCCAGUAAAUUUUAAUAAUUCCACAACUCGACGGCCGCGAAGUGAAAAAUCACUGCAGACUUCGGGAUCACGCACAUUUCUUUCAUUUUCUUGUCUUUCGAUAGCAAACCAAGAAGCUGUCGGCCGAUCUGCGGCAUUAUUAUUGUGAAUAAAAGCUUUAGCUCUGCAAAAGCCGCCCUUGUUUGUUCAUUUCGCGCUAGUGAGAAGAACCGCCGCCAUCUUGGAUGUGGCAAUGCUAUGCGCAGUAGAGGGUGCGCAGUGCAAAUCUGGAAUUACCUUAAAACUUUGGAAAAUAUUGGGUUUCGGGGUUGUUAAAAAUUAAAAUAUGAAGUGAAUAAUUAGUAGACAAUUACCAGAUAGUCCACCACCGUAACAACAAGGUCCCUCAUUCUCGAACUAACUUUCGAAAAUUCUCAAUUCGGUUUCAUGGUCGACCUAAGUUUUCUACUCGUUAAGUCGUGAAAUUCAAAGCAGUGAAAGUGUAAGUUUGUUUGACUUUAAAAAUUCCUUCCAUAGCUUUCUUUCUUUAAGUCAGAUAUACUCUUUGUUGAGACACGUACCUUUUCUUUUUUCCUUUCUUUUCUUUUCUUUACUUUUAAAAUUUACCCACUUUUCAUUGAUUUCAGUACUUUUAACUCACAUGUAACUAUAGUUCUAGGACGCCUAUAGUGUAUAAGCCCUCGGCUUCUGUAUAGGCUUCCUUGUCAUUACCCUUUUAAACAUUUAAUUUUGUAAAUAAUAUAGUUAGAAUAGUGUAUAUUAUCUUUAAUGUAUUAUUUAUAAAUUUCUUGUAUAUUUUUGUUGUAUUCAUAUGUAGCGAAUGGCAAAAUAAAAGGAGUUUUUCUUUCUUAGUGAAUUUUUUCCCGCGCUCUACUUUCUGAUAAACGCUCGGAACAGGCUAGUAAACUAACGCAUUCGCCGCCGCAUUGGCGACCAAGAGAACAAUAACUACCAGUGCAACAUUGUCAGACACAUCUAAAAAAAAGAUGAUUCUCAGGAUUAGAGAUUGUGCAGGCGCAGAUCUAAAAUAAAUACUGACCGAUUUCCUAAACGAGCGCCACAGGCACAAGCUUCUAGCGGGGUCCGGGAGAAGGCUCCCCCAGGAAAAAAAUUGGAUUUUUACUACUUAAAGUCCCCUCUCCUGGGUUUCCAAGUCAUUCAGACAGAAUGUUGGCCAAAUGGUAACUUGGAAAGUGUUUUUGUUAUUAAAAACAUACAAGAGAAAUUGAGCUCUCUUCAAACAUAUUAAUUAUGAAAAUAUGACCGAUUUCCGUAAAACGCGCCUGUUGUGUGAGGGCUCUGGAGAUUGUGGUGGUGUGUGAGUGGUUUCGUAAAAACAAAAAAACAAAAUGAUCUUGAACCCUGAAAAAUGCAAGGCGCUAAAGUUCUCUCGCGAAAAUCCAAUGUCAAGCUACCACUAUUUGCUGAAGGUGUUGCAUUACCACUACUUGAUAACAAUAGAUCUAUUAGGGCUAACAUUGGACAAUUCCCUAAAUUUUGGAAAACACAUUGCGAAAAUUAAAAAGAAAGUUGGAAAGCAACAAGAUGUUCUUUGUAGACUAAAGAAUAUAUCAUCGUUUCGGACCAAACUCUGCCUUUAUAAUUCGUUCAUAAUGUCUCAUUUUCAUGACUUUUCCUUCAUAUGGCAUCACUGUUUAAAGUCUGAUAGUAAAAAACUGGGUAGGUUGCAUGAACGAGCACUUCGUUACUGGUACAGUGACGAGUCUUUAGAAACUAGCACUAUUUUUGAUCGUAUUGGUUACAGCCUUGUGGAUCGACGUAUCCAGAACUUGUUAAUUAUUGUAUUUAAGACAAUUAACAAUUAUCCACCUGAAUAUCUGAGAGGCCCAUUUAGGUUAAGAGACAACAUCAAAAACCUGAGAGGGAUUAACAAGCUCCAAGUACCGAAACCUUAUACGACUCGUCAUGACAAGAACUCAGUAAAGUACUUGGCGGCUAUUACUUAGAACAAGAUUUCUGAUACCUUAAGAUCCCUAAGUAUAUUGUCAGCUUUUAAAAAAGCAGUCCGACAGCCAAGGUUUUAGCUAAUUCUAUAUAAUAUCUAUCUUAUAAUAUCUAAGUAAUUGUCAAGGGGUUUUUAUUGUAAAUAGCUAUGUGACGUAAAUUUACGCUUUAUACUGUAAAUACGUUUUUGGAUUUCCCUUUCUUUCUCUUUUAUUUUAUUUAUUUGUUUUGUUUUCUUUGUUUUUUUUUCCUCGGCUCAUUAGCAUAUUUUUUGCUAGAGGUCUAACCAACCUCAUCAAACCCGCGAUUAAAUAAAGCUUCAUUCAUUUCUUCAUUUAUUACAACAUUGCAUGCCAAGAAAAACACCACUACAGCAAUUAUGAAGCGUGCUAAGCUAAGCUAAGCGCGCCAGUUUAAAGUUCCUUCCUGAGAGACUCCAUUGUAGAAUUCUGGAGUGAUUGCUUGCGAACUACGGCCAGAAUACGGACAACAGCAUAGACAAGCAGACCUGAAAACAAUUUUUCAAAACCUAAGACACCAUGCAGUUAGACGCAGUACUUUAUUGGUUUCUGGUUCACUCUUCAGUUGCAAAUCUCAUCACGUGGGAUCGUUACGCAGCAAUUCUUCAUCCUCUUAGAUACAACACAUCCAUCACCUUGAGACACCCUGGAAGGAUCAUCUUGUUGGCAUGGCUGAUUCCAUUGUUGAUAUCGCUGUACCUUGUUUUGGGAAUGUUCGCUGCAACCUCAGACACUGGUUUAAAAGUGCUGCGUCUAACAGGUGUCUCAGGUUUUGACAUACUGUGCUCCACUCUGUCUGUCUAUGCUGUUGUCCGUAUUUUGGCCGUAAUUCGCGCGCAGUCACUCCAGAAUUAUGCUAUGGAGUCUCUCAGAAAGCAACUGCAAAAUUCACCCAAGCAGGCUUUACUGAAGACAGCAGCUUCCAGACGUCCUGGUAGACGCAAACACAGCUCAGCACCAUUCAUAAUUGCUUUAGUGGUGUUUUUCUUGGCAUGUAGUGUAGUCAAAACUAUCUAAUCCUAAGAAUCACGUUUGUCUCAGACAGGGUGUCUGAUAAUGUUGCACUGGUAGUUACCGCUCUCUUGGUCACCAAUACGGCGGCGAAUCCUUUAGUUUACGCGUUUUUGAAACGAGACAUACAAAGAGUACUCAAGCGGCUUAUCUAUGGGAGAGGUAGUGCUAAAACAUAACUGUGAGCAACCGUGGUACUAGGCUAACUGCUACCCGUUUUUUUUUUGUCAUGUACAAAGUGCAGUUAAACGUCUCCACAAUUAAAACGGCUACCUCGCGGACAGAAAAAAGUGAAGCCAUUAUAGAGAGGUGUUCGUUGUAGAGAAGUUUAAACAUAGUCAGUGUAUAAAAUGUCUGCCCAAAAAAGCGGCCGUUGCAGAGAGGACGGUAUUUGUAGCCAUUUGAGAGGUAGCCACAUAUGAUCAACUUUUAUUUCUUUUCUACAAAGUCCUCAUCGCUACAUAGCCUUAUGGGAGCCGUCUCAAUCCGGCUUUCUUCUUGAAAUAAAAACUGAAAGAUCUAGAGAGAGAUCAAUGUAACACCCGCGUAACGAGAAAACACAAUAAAUUCUGCUAAUUUAGAGUACGAGUUGUAGUUGCGAGUAAAAAUACAGUUCUUUGAAAAGAAGGGCGCGAGCCUUUACAAAUAAGGGAAAAAAGCAUACUAACUCUAUCAUCUCGUUUAACUUGGCAAUGAAACACUUAACCAUAUUAUAUUAUAUCUGGCCACAAGUGACAUUUUUUCAAAAAUUUCACUCUGAAGAGCGUUUCCAAAAAGCUUCAUCAAUAAUUUACAUGACGUCCAUUAGUAACAGUGAACUGUGAGCAUGUUGUGCAGUAUGUCUACUGAGGUAUUUAUUUCGAAUAAAGAAUCGAAGUGGGCAACUAAGAGCCUCAUGAGACAAAAUAAAGCAGGGAGUCAGUUAGUGUCAAUGAAAAUUGUUAAUAAAGAAAUGUAACUCGGAAGUCUUUUCAAAUAAGGUAUAGAUUAUGUAUUUAAAGCUAGGCCAACGUUAACCUUAUACUGUGACUUAAAUAAAUAAAUUAAAUUAUUUAAAGCCUUAGCCCGCUUUGCGUUAAAAAAAAUUUGAAAAUUGGGACUUGUUGACGCCAUUUAAAUACCAGUGGGAAGAAGAAAACAAAUUAUCUUACAAAUAAAAAGAUGCUUAUAGUCAUUAACUAUUCACACUCAGGUUUUCCCUGGCGAAUAAAAUCCCACGAGGAAUUAAAGGAAAUGGCUUUGUUUUGUUUUUUUUUUUUUAUGUCGGAGAAGCGGUGAUUCCAGUCUGUUUCAACUGUACUGGUUUUCAUGUGCUAGUAAGAAGCAAAGGGAAAGGCGAUAUACUUACGGCUGGUGGGCCACCAUCAUGCACAAAACCCCGUUUCAACUCCCAUACAAACUUCUUUCGGUAGUCGGCCGCGGACCAGCCUGUUCCAGUAUCCGAGAUGGUCGGUUCCACGGAACUGUGAAAGCGGAAAACGAAAAUAAAACGGGAUUUUCGCGUUUUAUCCAUGCCCCUCUGUAAGAGACCCAGUGGGAUCUAUAUCUUCACCGGGUGUCGGAGAAAACGUCACUGAGUUGUUUGGUUUUCACUGUUUUUUUGGUUUUUUGUUUUUUUUUUUCUUCUGCUUGGUUGUGUAUCUCCCGUAAAACUGGCUAAAAUGAGAGGCAGGUCUAACAUCUUGAAUGGUAUGAAAUCUUUGAAAACCUUUUACUGAAAAACCUUUUAUGGUUCUAGCGAGAAGGAGUAAGAGGUUUACACUUUUUUAUGCGAGAUCGAUUACCUGUACCGGCUCCGAUUUCAUUUCUCAGUGGUAACAAUGUUUUAUAGUUUUGGUUUCUUUAAAACAAAUAUAGAGAAAGACAUACAUUGGUUUUGUAGUUACAAUUGAAAUUGACCUAAGAAGAAAAAGUACCCGGGGAGCUGAAUGAAUUAAACCUGACUGUGUACGGCCAGUUCACUGGCUCUGUUACAGAGGGGUGUUUUGUAAUGUGUUUUUAUACAAUAACCAUGAAAACAGCUUUGAAAAAAUAAUAAUGCGACUUACCAUGGGAUAAAAAGGAAAUCCAAAAAGACGUUUGUCUUGUGACUCGUGAUUUUUUUAUAGUGUCCUUCGCGUGAUUUGACUUAAAGAAAGUUUGAAGAUGCAGGCAUAUGACAAGAAUAACAAUUCACCCACUUCUGUGAACAAAAAAGAUGGCAAAAUCGGUUUUUAAGUUCUAGGUACAAUACUGUAUUUAGAAGGGAUAUUGACAAAGUCCAUUUAAUGUGCACCUCGCGUGAUUAUGGCCUGACACAACAUCAAAGACUAUAAAAGACAUAAAGACAUGGUGUUUAAUCAACAGUGCGAUUGUACUUACAAACCUUCUCGAGCGAAGCUCUACCUGAACUAGAAACACAAAAUGUCUGCACCAGGAAAGGUAAAUAUCACAUAGUUAAAAUCUAAACUGUUUUCGAAGAGCAUCAUUCAAUCUGAUUCAUUUUCCAUUACUGUUCUUUUUUUUAAUUGUUUAUUUCUAAUUAUAUUGUAUUUUUAUUCUUUUAUUAUUGGUGUAUUAAUAAAAGAAGAAAAAGAAAAAUUAAAGACAAUUUUUUUGUUUUUCAGAAAAUUACGCAAAGCGACGAUCUUACACGUCCGAUAAAUGUCGGUCUACGAAAAGAUGAUGACAAUGAAGGUAAAGUCUCUUAAACAAAUCAACGCAGUGAGCUUUGACUGCCUUAAAGAAAUGAGGCAAAAGAAAUGAAGGUUUCACCGUCCUGCAAUGCGAUUUCUUUUCGUUUUUUAACCUUAGCCAUAAAGCCAAAUGAAAGUGAAUUCCAGUUUUUGAAAAUGAACCUAGCGAAAUUUGCAGCCCUCUGAGAGAAAAAGAGCAACAAGGCAGGUUUUUUUGCACUCGAAUAGCUUGAAAAUCAUACAAGAAAAUGAAAAGGAAAGGAAAAAUAGAAAGUAGUGAAGACGAAGAAAGCAGGAGAAGAAAAUAUAUUUAUGGUCGAAUUCUUAGUUUUUAUAUAGGCUACUUUUUUUUGGCCUCAAAAAACUGCCUGACAGAAGAGGUUUAUUUGGCGGUAAUGCUCUCUAAAAUCUCGCUAGAUAAAGAAAUGUCAAAACUCUUGUGUCAUUUUAUCACUACUAUCAUUUUACAUUCUAGGCCAGCUUCUGUGUAAGGACUUCAAGAUCCAGGUGCUUCCUGCAGCCUUCUAUCUGAAUGAAAAUGUUAAUUUCAAACAGUCUGCGGCUUCAGGAAAAAUGAGCACACAAGGUUGUUGUUGCUGAGGAGUGCAGCAUCUAGCACUGUUGCAGCGUGAUUGAUGUUGUUAAGCAGUAAUUAACUACUGUUUAAUAUUUGCUCUUUUCUCAUGUAAACUGUUAGCAUGUAUGGUUUAAGGCUUUUGCAUUGAAAUUUAAAAGAUAAUAUUUAUUUUAUAAGCCACAGUUCAGAUGUAUGUAGUUAAUUAAAGGAGUCUUAUAUUGUGAUGAAGUUUUAAGGUCUAAUCUCAGAAAAAAAUUAAAAAAACCUUUAAGAUCAUCACAAGCUGCUUUUGAUUUCUUCAUCUAUAUAACACUUGGGUGAUGCGUUUUUUAUUCACAAGGAAAAGAACAAUAAGAAUGAAAUUAUACAUGGUCCCAGUCGUGGUAAGGGAACUGGCCAUUUCGUUUCUGGAGGAAAAAAAGGAUACCAUUCAAAUUUUCAGCCAAAAAUACUGGUGUGGCAUCCUUGAAAAGUGAGAAUAAGUGUA